UGUCAGCAUUUUAAUGUUGAGCAUCCUUGUGUAGUUAAGAGUUGUUUGUAAGUGCCCGGUUUGAAUACACACUGGGAUUAAAAUCUGUGAGGACAUGUGAGCUCACAGUCAGAUAUCAGGUCACAUUUUGAUUGACAAGCCCAUUGUCUGAUUCAUUUGUCUCCUCUUGGGCUCCUGUUGAUCAUCUAAGGAGGCGUCUGUCAGUCUCCAAGGAGCCCGGAAGCCCAAACAGAGUCUCAUCUGUUUCUUUGUAUGUGCGUGUGUGUGUGUGUAUACACGCGCACAUCCCAGUUUUUUGACACAAAACCCUCACAGGUGGCUCUGACGCUCCUUCCACACCCAUGAAUCGGGGACAGAGGCAGACGUGAAAAGAAGAGCACAAAUAGGAAGGACGAAACGGAGUGAUAAUGCCUCCCAAGAGGAAAAAUACUUCAGUUAAACUUGAGGAUGUUGGGAUAGAGGUUGAUGCUUUAUCAGACAGUGGCAGUGAAGAGGAGGCCAGGAGAAGAAGCAAAAACAGAAAAGCCAAAGUUCCUCAACGCAAAGCCAAACGGGUUAGUGAUGAGGAUGAAGAUGAAGAGGAUGAAGAGGAGGCACCGAGAAAAAAAGGACGAAAGAAGAAGUUCAAGCCUCCUGAUAGCGAUGAGGAAGACGAUGAGGAUAAAAGGAGUGUUAAAAGCAAAGGUUCUAAAUCCUCCAAGAAGAAAGCAGCUAAGGAGGAGAGUGAUGAAGACAGCGAAGAAGGUCGAGGAAAGAAGAAAAAAGGAGGGAAAGCCAAUACCAAAAAGGAGAAAGAAGAGAACAAUAAGGAGAAAAUGGGAGACGCUAAAGGAAAACAGGGAAAGAAUAAAAACAAUGGAAAAAACAUGAAAAAGAAGAAUGGGAAGGCAAGCAGCUCAUCUUCCUCUGAUUCUGAUGAAGAUUCUUUGUCGGAGGGAGAGAUGGAAGCUCUGAAGGAGGAGGUAGAAGAGAAGAAAAAACUCAUUGCUACAUUAAGGAACAAACCCUGGAGGAUGAAAAGGAGACUUCUGGUGCUCAAGGAGGCACAGGAGUUUGUUGAAAAAUUUGAAGGAGCUCUUGGGAAAGGCAAAGGCAGAAAGCUGUACGCAUACAAGGUCAUGAUGACUAAGAAACUCAUCAAGUUUAAACGAGACUUUGAGAACUUCAAAACAGCUUGUAUACCCUGGGAGAGGAAGAUAAAAGAAGUAGAAAGUCAUUUUGGGUCAUCUGUGGCAUCCUACUUUAUUUUCCUGCGGUGGAUGUAUGGUCUGAACAUGGUCCUGUUUGGGUUUAUGUUUGGCCUUGUGGUACUGCCUGAGAUUCUUAUGGGUCUUCCCUACGGCUCCAUUCCUAGGAAAACUGUACCCAGAGAAGAGCAAGACACUGCCAUGGACUUCUCUGUGCUCUUUGACUUUGGUGGAUACUGCAAAUACUCCUUUUUGUUCUACGGUUACUACAACAACCAGCGAACAAUUGGGCUGCUGAAGUUCAGGCUGCCUCUGUCAUACCUUCUGGUGGGAGUUGGAAUCUUUGGAUACAGCCUGAUGGUUGUCAUUAGAACGAUGGCUCGUAAUGCAAAUGAAGGAGGUGAUGGGGCAGAUGAGGGAGAGUUCACCUUCAGCUGGAAGAUGUUCACCAGCUGGGACUACCUGAUAGGAAAUCCUGAAACUGCAGACAAUAAGUAUGCUUCCAUCACCACCAGCUUUAAGGAAUCUAUUGUGGAUGAACAGGAGAACCAGAAGGAUGAGAACAUUCAUCUUCGACGGUUCCUCCGGGUUCUGGCCAACUUUCUCAUCCUUUGCAGCCUCGGAGGCAGUGGAUACCUCAUCUAUUUUGUCGUGAAACGUUCCCAGAAGUUUGCUGAGAUGGACAAUGCUGAACUGUCAUGGUUUGAAAAGAAUGAGGUAGAGUUUGUGAUGUCUCUGCUGGGGCUGGUGUGUCCGCCUCUGUUUGAGACUAUAGCUGAUCUGGAGGACUAUCACCCUCGGAUUGCACUGAAGUGGCAGCUGGGACGCAUUUUUGCCCUCUUCCUGGGAAAUCUUUACACUUUUCUAUUUGCACUGUUUGAUGAAGUUGCUGCCAAGCUAGAAAGCGAGAAGUCCAUCAAGAACAGCACGGAAUGGUUGCAGAGCGAGUACUACAGCAACUACAGUUCAUUCUACAAUACCACAGAUGUACCACCUCAGAACAUCCACCCAGCUGACAUGAUAAGAGGACCCUGCUGGGAGACGGCAGUUGGAAUCGAGUUUGUGAAGCUGACCGUAUCGGACAUGCAGGUGAACUUUUUGACCAUCUUGAUCGGUGAUUUUCUGCGUGCAGUCACUGUCCGCUUUCUCAACUACUGCUGGUGCUGGGACCUGGAGGCUGGAUUUCCUUCAUAUGGAGAGUUUGAUAUUAGUGGAAAUGUGCUCGGGCUGAUCUUCAAUCAAGGAAUGAUAUGGAUGGGAGCAUUCUAUGCUCCAGGUCUGGUGGGUCUGAACGUUUUACGCCUCCUGGUCUCGAUGUACUAUCAGUGUUGGGCAGUGAUGAGCUGUAACGUACCUCAUGAACGAAUCUUCAAGGCCUCACGGUCCAACAACUUUUACAUGGGCCUGUUGCUGCUUGUGCUGUUCCUGAGCCUGCUGCCUGUCGUCUACACCAUCAUGACUUUGCCCCCCUCCUUCGACUGUGGCCCAUUUAGUGGCCAAGAGAAGAUGUAUGAUGUUGUCAUGGAAACUAUAGAGCGGGACCUGCCAUCCUUCAUAGGGAACAUUUUCUCAUAUGCCACCAACCCUGGACUUAUCAUGCCUGCUGUUCUUCUCAUGGUGUUGGCCAUCUAUUACCUGAAUGCAGUGUCAAAGGGCUAUCAACAAGCAAAUGCUGACCUUAAGAGAAAGAUGCAGAUGGCUCGAGAUGAGGAGAAGAACCGCAGAAACAACAAAGACAGCACCAACCAGGUGAUGAAAGACUUGGAGGACCUGAUGCCGGACAAGUCUCUGAAACCCACUCCCACUGAGGAAGAUCUUCCCCCACCUGAUGUUGUCAUUGAGAAGAAUGGUAAGUCUCCCAAAGUGAAGCCCGGAGCGGCAGCAAAUGGUAAAGGGGUUAAUCUGCAAAAGGACGUAUCAUUGGCUUCUCCAAACCCCAGAGGGGCAGUGACCCGUGCCCCAGGACCCAGAGGAGGACCACCUGGGAAUGGCAAGGGGCCUCAACCAGGGCCUGGGAGAGGCCGAGGGCGGGGAGCACCUCCAGGACGAUAAAACUCAUGAUUGAAUCAAACUUAUGUCAGUAAGAAACAUUUGAACAAUCAGUACAUGGAGUGAAGAAGGAAGAAGUAAGUCCUAUACAGGCCCUGAGACCCAUUGGUCUCGUUGCUUACCUCCAUAUACCCAUAUAUGGAGUAAAGUGCUUGAAUAAUUAUUUGGUUGAGUCUAGGGGUUGAAUGGAGAUCAUUAAAUUUGGUGGAUUUAGACAAACCA